GGCGGCGGCCGCGGCCAGGCAAGCCGCCAGCAAGGCAACAGGGCGCCGCAGAGCCGAGCCAACCACCCCGCGGCCGUCAAGCCCCGAAGAUCCCGGGCGCGUCCCGUUCCGCAGCCAAAUCGAGAUCUCUCUCUCCGACUCCCCCCGUGCAGAAUCCCACCCCUGCCGGACGGACCAGCGGCAUCGCGUCGGGCGGAGGAGCCGAAGAGGAACCGGAACCGGAAGCGGGGAUGGCCUCGGCGCUCUCCUCCCUGCGCUACGGCGACAGCCUCUCGGUGGUGGCCAUCUCCGCCGCGACGGCCGUGCUCUGCGAGGCCAUCUCCUGGCUCCUCAUCUACCGCACCGCCACCUACAACUCCCUCCGCGCCUCCAUCGAGCGCCACUCCCGCAAGCUCGACGCCAUGAAGUCCGGCGCCGGCUCCUCCGCCUCCUCCGGCGCGGGGGGCGGGUCCUCCUCCGCGCAGCCCGCCUCGUCGCGGGCCAAGAAGAUGGACCGCGUCGAGACCAGCCUCAAGGACGCCGCGCGGGAGCUCUCGCUCGCCAAGCUCAAGUCCGGCGCCGUCGUCGCGGCCGUGCUCUUCGUCGUCUUCGGCCUGCUCAACUCGCUCUUCGAGGGCCGCGCCGUCGCCAAGCUGCCCUUCUCGCCCGUCCCGCUCGUCCAGCGCAUGAGCCACCGCGGCCUGCCCGGGAACGACCCCACCGACUGCUCCAUGGUCUUCCUCUACUUCCUCUGCUCCAUGAGCAUCCGGACCAACCUCCAGAAGCUGCUUGGCUUCGCGCCGCCACGCGCGGCUGCUGCGGCCGGCGGGGGCCUCUUCCCCAUGCCCGAUCCGAAAGUGAAUUGAGCUACGCCUACCACCACCACGGGUUUGUUUCUGAGAGGAGUGAAUCUGGAUGAAGGAAUAGCAUGGUCGCCCUGGGAAGAAGGUGUUAUAGACUCUGUACCAGUAGGUGUGUCAAAUUUAUUUUCCACAACUCACCGGUCUUCUGUUGGAUCGAUGAUCUGCGAACAUGAAGGUUAACUUAUUUAUUGCAUAGACUGAACAAAUGAGCUUGAACUACCUGCUGCUAGGCUGUGACAAUGUGCAGCCUGAUUUUAUACUAGGAUUGGUUAUGUUGUUGAUCUCUUUGCGGACAUAAUGUUUGGCUCAUAAAUAUUUCAUAGAGAUCCUUGUUUCAUA